AUGAAAAAGCUAGCUUAAGGUUUUAUUAGUGUUAUGCAAUCUUUUUAUAAUACAAUAUUUUAAUUUUCAGCUUCAACUAAAUUUUAAUUUUCAACAAAAAUCAGGCAUAGAAAAUUUAGAAAAAUAAGUAGAGGGAUAUUUGGCUUAAGACAGCAAUUCUGGUGA